AUUUAGGAGUUGGGAAUGAUCCGAUCAGGUGAGCUUCAGGCGCAGUGGUUCUCCUUCCCCAGAGCGGGUCCCACUCCAACCCCUAUCCAUCAUCACCUCACCGCCGCCGCUUCUCUCCGCCUCAGUCACCACAUCUUCCUCCACCACCACCACUUCCGCCUCCACUCCAUUUUCCGUUCCUACUUUCAGAAACUUGCCCAUCAUAGUCCCCUGCACAGAUUGAAGGAAGAAUUUAACUUUCUGCCAUUGCCAAGUAGCAAUGCUUCAGCUUCUGCUUGCUUUGGUUUCUUUGGUGGAGGAGGAGAAGGAGAAACUAGCACUGAUUCCACAAAUGAAGGGCAAAUUUCUAGGUUUUCCACUAAAAGCUUCUUCAAUGGAAGACAAUGGACUAAUGUCCUCCUUGCUCUUAACAUCUUAGUUUAUAUUGCACAAUUUGCAUCACAAGAUGAGUUACUUCUAUGGGGAGCCAAGAUAAAUAGCCUCAUCGACCAAGGGCAAUUGUGGAGGCUCGUUACAUCGUCCUUUUUGCAUGCAAAUGUCGGGCACCUCUUGGUUAAUUGUUAUUCUUUGAAUUCAGUUGGUCCUACCAUGGAGAAGAUUAGUGGUCCUAAGAGAUAUCUUGCACUCUACUUUGCCUCUGCAAUUGCAAGUUCAGCAAUGAGUUAUGGGUUCAGCGAGGCACCCGCAGUUGGUGCAUCAGGAGCAGUCUUCGGAUUAGUUGGAUCUCUUGCUGUGUUUGUCAUGAGACAUAGAGGUUUGGUUGGACGUGGCAAAGAAGAUCUGCAGCAGAUAGCACAUGUGAUUGUCCUGAAUAUGGCUAUUGGGUUCUUCUUCAAGGGCAUUGAUAACUGGGGACAUUUUGGAGGCUUGCUUGGUGGAGUUGCCACAUCCUGGCUUCUAGGACCUGCAUGGAAGUACGAAUCUCCAUCCGCUGACGGCCGGAGAAUAUUUUCUGACAAGGCUCCUAUUUUCUACCUCAUCAACACGAAAAAGAAAUCGUAGACAUUUUCUUCUAGCGGAAGCAUUGUCAUCCCUAAACUUCUUGUGAUCAAGCACACUUGUGUACGAAUGUAGAAGGCCGAUUAGGCGUUUACGUUUUACUAUUUUUUACCCUUAAGGUUCAUAAAUUUACUACUGUUCUUGCCCCCUGUGCUGGAUUUACUUUGAGCGACUGUAUCAUCCAAGUGUAAUGUUAUUUUUUCUUAUCAUAAAGAAUAAAGGUUCACUGA